UAUUUACUACAUUCGUCCUUUCAACAUGUCCGAGUUUCGUUUCUUCUCAUUCACCGAUUUCCAAUACCGCGCCAAUGACUCAACGCUCUUCACCUUGCCCAUCACGCUUUCGACAAAGAGCACACCGGCCGACAAUGAGAUGUCCGAUGACUUGAAUGUGCCGUACAUGGUUUUCGAGAUAUUAGUUGCCAUUUUUGCCGUUGUCGGCAAUUUUAUGGUAAUUGUGGUUUUUCAACGCGAACGCAAACUUCGUCGUCGUACAAAUUAUUAUAUAGUUUCUUUGGCGAUGGCAGACUUUCUGGUCGGCUCACUGGGUGUGCCAUUUGCGGUGCUGGCAUCGGUGGGUUUGCCAAGAGAUUUAUAUACCUGCCUCUUUACCGUUUCACUUUUGGUGGUGUUGUGCACAAUUUCCAUUUUCUGCUUGGUAGCCGUAUCGGUGGAUCGUUAUUGGGCCAUACUAUAUCCGAUGGCGUAUUCGCGAAAUGUGCGCACGCGUACGGCAAUUGGUGAGUACGAGUAA